AUGGAGGUUUCUACGCUUCCCGUUGAGCGGCGCGCUUCCCCCUCGCCCGGUUCGGACGACAUGGUGCACAAAGACGAGCACGAUCUCACGCCCACCCAGUCCGCCUCUACACCGCUCGUCAAACCUCGCGCAAACAAUUCGGUGCUGCUCAUCCUUGCCGCUGGAUGUGCGCUGCUGUCGGACGGCUACCAGAACUCGCUCAUGACGAUGGCCAAUGUCGUCUUUCGCACGCGCUUCGGCUCGAAAGUCUACACCUCGGCCGUCUCGACGCGCAUCUCGAACGCCUCGCUUGUUGGUGCUAUCAUUGGACAGAUCAGCGUCGGUAUCAUCUGCGACCGCAUAGGGCGCAAAGCAGGCGUGACCAUCACCACGAUCCUGCUCGUCACGGGCGCCAUCUUUGCUACCGCCGCCUACCCCGUCGGUGGCAACCCACAGAACAUGUUUUGGUGGCUCACUGUUGCUCGUGGUGCCACCGGCGUUGGAAUUGGAGGUAAGUCCCAAUCCCCCUUCCACCACCACAGUGCGAAAACUGACAAUGUGUUAUCAGGCGAGUACCCUGCCUCCAGCACAGCGGCGAGCGAAGCAGCCAACGAACGCUUGGGCAAGAAACACCGCUCGCAAGUCUUUAUCCUGGUCACCAACCUCGUGCUCGCCUUCGGCAACAUCGUCUCUCUCAGCGUCUUUAUGAUCGUCCUAUCCGCCACUGGCUACCGCAACACCACCGACGCUGCAGGAUUCCACAAGCUCGGCAUCAUCUGGCGCGUAACCUUCGGCUUUGGCGCACUCUUCCCGCUCAUCAUCUUUUACUUCCGCAUGCUCGUCAUGAACGCCAGCCUUUAUCGCAAGACCGCCAUGCGCAAAAAAGUUCCCUACAUGCUCGCGCUUAAACGAUACUGGCCAAGACUCCUAGGUACUGCGGGUGUCUGGUUCAUCUACGACUUUGUCGUCUUCCCGCUUAACGUCUUUUCGGGAAGCAUUAUCGCCUCGAUCCUUAAGACUCCAACGCUGCUCAAGACCGCGCAGUACCAGAUGCUGCUUUCGUCAAUUGCAAUUCCGGGCGUCUUUGUGGGCGUUGCACUUCUGCCCCACUUGGGCUCGCGCAAGACCUUUAUGCUCGGUUUUGGCGGUUUCCUCGUACUUGGCCUCAUCAUCGGCUGCGCAUACGACCGCGUCAUGUCCUCUACCGUCGCCGCCGUCAUCCUCCUCGGUCUGAUCAGCAGUAGUGGUAACGCCGGGCCCGGGAAUCUUUGCGGAUUAGUCAGCAGCGAGUCAUACCCCAGUGCCUUGAGGGGACAGGCGUACGGUGUUUCUGCCGCUAUCGGCAAGGUGGGUGCCGCAAUCGGGACGCAGGUCUUCACUCCCAUCCAGGAGCAUGCCGGGAAGCGCUGGGUGUUUAUCAUCUCGGCGAUUUUGGGUCUGAUCGGUAUCGCGCUCGUGUACUUCUUCAUCCCCGAGACGACGCGCUUCGAUCUGGCCGACGAGGAUCGAGCCUGGCUGCAGUACCUUGUGGACAAUGGUUGGGAUGGCGACAUUGGCGAUGGAUCCGAGGGCGUAGUCAACGCAAAGCAGGCGCUCGAGCGCGUGCGAGAGGCCGAGUACAAGCCCAAGAACACCGACGACGAGGAGUCGGUCGGCUCGCAAAAGUAG